AUGGCACCCAAAAAUGACUUUGAGCUGCUUAAAGAGACGGGUCAAGGCACUUUGUUCGCCAUCAAAAAAGACGAUCCUGGCCUGAAAUACAUUGCUCAGCCCUUUGGCGUUUUGAAAGGCUCCGACGUUGAAGGCGCCGACAAGCAAAAAGCCAUUGACGAAGCAUCUGCAUUCUACAACCUCUUCCACAGCUCGAAAAUCGGCUCGGCCAUCGCGCAAAUCUUCAACCACGAAAACAUAAUCUCCAUCGCCGGCCACAUAAAGACGCAUCCCGUGGCGAAAAGUUCAGAGUGCGCACAUCUUGAGGAGUACAUUGUAUGGGACUAUUGCGAUGCUUCAAACCUCAGCGCUCUUUUCCAAAGCAAGCCCUCUGAGUCUACCGAGUUUUACCUGCCAGAGUCAGUCUGCUGGCAUGUCUUGACGUCGCUUCUCAACGCCAUCACGUACCUCCACGAUGGAAAGAGACUGUUUCUAGAUACAGAGGCAUCGGGAGGGGCAAAGAAGAUGUGGGCAUCUGUGGAUCAAGAUUGGCUUCCGAUCCUGCACCGGGCGAUUGAGCCGAGAAACAUCUUCUUCCAGCGCCCUCGCGGCAUUGAGACGUAUGGGAUGUGUAAGCUGGGCAACUUUGAGCACGCAGUGGUGACGAACCAUGUGAUUACACAUGAUGGAGGAGAUGUCGCGGAUAAAGAUGAAGUCAGCAGGGCAAUGGCCCCGUAUCGUGGAAUGGAGGCUUUGGAUGCGACGCGCCAACAGUUGCUUGAAAGCGCUGAGACGUCCACUGCGAACCGCCCUUAUACCGUCGCCGAUGAACUGUUUGCCAUUGGGUCCGUCAUAUUCACCAUGAUGACCGGCCGGCAGCCAGCCAUCAACACCGACAGCUAUCUGGCAGCGGCGCAGUACUCGAACGAAUUAAAAGCCGUAGCACGAUACCUGCUCGACUUGCACUCCGGCGAGACACACGUGGACAGCGUCCUGCCGACAACCAUGGCCGUGACGGAGCAGUACCAGCAGUGGAAGCUUCACAGCGAAGAGGGCAGGCUGUACAAGGACAUUGAAGACGACAUGGCGGCGAGAUGCGGCGCAAAGACAAGGAUGGAGACGCACAGCUAA